GACGUUUUGUGUGUCACAUUUAAAGUUGCUAGUACAAUGGCCGCUGAGACGAGUUCUCGAUCCGUAAAGCAACCUGAUUCAACUUGGGAAUACUGUGGUGUGAAUUUAACCAUUCACAACAUUAUUAUACCCGAGGAGCGUUUAUUUCCUACCCCGUCGCAGCUGGACAAAAUGGAAUAUGAAACGGAGAUUGACUUAAGGAUUCUUGGGUGCGAGUUAAUCCAAGAUUCUGGGGUUUUGUUACGGCUGCCGCAAGUCGCUAUGGCAACUGCGCAGGUAUUGUACCAGCGCUUCUUCUACUCCAAGUCAUUUGUCCGUCACUUCUACGAGCAUUACGCUAUGGCAUGUAUAUUUCUGGCUGCAAAGCUUGAAGAGUCUCCAAGACGUAUUAGAGACGUAAUCAAUGUAUUUCAUCAUAUAAGACAAGUUCGGGAUAAAAAAACACCGACACCUGUGAUUCUCGAUCAAAGUUACAGUAAUCUUAAAAAUCAAGUUAUCAAGGCUGAACGACGUGUUUUAAAAGAAUUAGGAUUUUGUGUCCAUGCCAAACAUCCUCAUAAGCUUGUUAUAUGUUACUUGCAGGCUUUGGACCAUGAAACUAACAAAAACCUUGUUCAAGCUGCUUGGAAUUACAUGAACGACAGUCUUCGAACUGAUAUAUUUGUACGUUAUCUUCCGGAAGCAAUUGCAUGUGGUUGCAUUUAUCUAGCAUCAUGUAAGCUCAAUAUUCCUCUGCCACGCCACCCAGCUUGGUGGGAAAUGUUUAGUGUGAGCGAAGAAUCUGUGCACGAAAUCGCUUUAUGUUUGUUACGUUUAUAUGCUCGUCCAAAGGUAGAUGUUGGGAAACUCGAAUCAGUUCUAGCUCAACUCAGGAAAUCUCAGGCAGAAGCAAAGGAACGAGAAAACGAGCUCAGGAAACAACAAACCGUCACAACACCCCCAAGUACCCGGUCCGACCACAGUUUCGGUUAUAUCUCACCCCCAAAUCAUUUAUCCAAAUCUAAGAAUCAAAACAAGCCUAAUGGGAAUAAAAAGUCAGUAGAUAGUAAAGCUGAGCCUGAAGAUACUUCUACCGUUUUCGCUCCAAACUCGCUUUUAGCAAGCGCCUUAGCUAAUGCCAAAGCGGUCGCAGCAACGAUUACAGCAUCAAAAUCUGGUAUGAUCACAGACGAGUUGUCCAAAGUGGGUACUGACCCGUCAAUUGUUCCACAUAAACGCGAAACAAGUGAAGAUGCUUCACCAAGAUCUCCAAAAACAUUGGUUGAACCUAAUCAGAUAGAUAAUAUAUCCGAUGCUUCGAAUAAGAAGCCUGAUAGAACUGUACAAGAAAACUCUGAGAACAAACGACGACCAAUUAUUCGACCAGCUGCCUACUCAAAUAUCCCGUCUACUAACACAGAAUCCGACAAAAGACGUCGACAUCAUCGACACAAAUAUUCAUCUAAAAAGCAUCAUUACAAUUCGAUCUCCUCAUCAUCUUCGUCAUCUGACCGAGAGACCGAUCAAAACCGUUAUAAUUCAAUAAACUUACUGACAAAUAACUCCAAAUCUCGUAAUUAUCGACAAAAAUUAAAUGAUAUAUCAUCCUCUGGCUCUGAAACAGGUGAUAGUUCAUCAAGUCCUAACAAACACAUAGUUAAUGUGCAUGAUCGCAGAAAAAUCUACAAUAAUAAACGUAAACAUAUUCCACGCUCUUCAUCAGAGGAUUCCCAAACAUCUUUCAGUGAUGAACCGCGUUUUUCUCCGACUCAUCAUAAUCCGGUAAAAUCUAAAAGCGGUCGCCGUCAUUUAUCACCGCCCUAUGCCUACCGAAUCGAUUAUGAUAAGUCACAUAAAAGCAAACAUCAUUCAUCGUUGCGAUCUGCACCAAACGGUGAAAGUGGUCGUAUAUUGCGUGAGCACUCUAACCAUCGUCUAGUUUCGAGUCGACAUCAUGAUCAUCACCGAAGUCUGUUUUCACUGAGGGAAUCAUCAAUUUGGGGAACUCAUUCCCAUCUUUUAUUCGGACUGCUUGUCCUGUUCAUAAAUCGUGAAGAUGGAUAUCUGCAGAUCCGUCCCCAAAAUCUUGUAUCAAAAUUGCAUGGAUUGUGAAAUCUGUUUUGGCUUGGGAUAAUAAUGUGUUAUGAGGUAAACUUCGCAAUUUAGACAAACACAAUGGUAAAGUCUUUUGUCUUGUUUGUAGAUCAUGAGAAUAUCAUGUCCAUAUUUCUCCUCGAAAAAUCAAUGGAAAUAGUAAAGAACUGUGCUCAUCUGGGUAAUUGAUUGUGGGCUGGUGACAGAAAAAUUCCAUUAUUUUAUACUGGUACAGAAUGCUAGAUGCCAAUGCGGGUAAUAUUUCAUGAUGCCAGCCAAUCUAAAAUAUCCGUUGAACUAGAGUCUCAAAAGUUUUUUAGUCUGUGAUGCAUUUGGUUUAAGCCAUGAUUUUUUUAACAGUUGUGUCUAGUUGUUGUCGUCUCUGCAGAAUUGUUCUCACUUGGACCGCAGAUAACAUAGUCCUGUUUGACGAGGAAACUGAUAAAAUUCAGUCCCUUUGGUAGCACUGAGAAACAAUGCCAGGUUCCUUGGAACGCGUUUCUCCCUCUCUAAAUGCAGAUUGUUACUUCAGGACUGGUCUUCGUGAACACCUGGACUAAUUAUGGGGAGUGAAUUAGUCGAACGCAUCGACAACUUCACUUAUAUUGGAAGUCUAAUCCGUUCCGAUGGAUUGGUGUGUGACGAAAUCUGUUAGACUCAUGCCAACUUAUGUUACCUAUGGCGAAGGUGAGAUACCCGUCUAUCAAUUAAAGGACGAAUACGCUGCGAAGCGUGGGCAUUAACAGUAGAAGACACUUGUAAGUCACUUAUAUUUUAUCACAAAUGCCUUAGAAAUAUUGCUCGCAUGCACUGAGAUCACCGCGUGAGUAAUAGUGAGGUUUGACGCAGGGUAUUAGGGAAUGAUGGUGAAUCAGUUGGUGAGGUUUUAGAACUUCGUCAACUGAGAUAGUUGGGCCACGUGUUACGUAUGCCUGAACACCGAUUGUCACGACGCACACUACUGACUAAUAUUCUGGUGGGUAGUUGGAAGAACGUUAGGGGCAGCGAAAAUAAAACAUGGCAUUAAUGCUUGAAGUCAUUAACUUCUAAUCUGAUCCAUGUUGGUAUAUGCAGACUACUUGGUUGGGGUAACGACUGUGUGAUAUGUCUGAGAAUCGACCACAAUGGCGUCUUCCCUUAAACCGUGAGAUUAAAAUUGCUUUAUAUCUUUCUACGAAUUAAUUCUUUCUUCCUGUACUAUAUCCUUAUAUGCUAUGUUUCUUUUGUAUAUUACCAUAAUUGAAUCAACUACUUCCAUAAAUUCAAAGUUCAUCUUGUUAUGUUAAUGAAGUAUGGCAACUUGGACGCAUAUGUGUGCCUAGUUUUAUGUUGUUAGAUGGUUGACUGAGGGUCGGCCGCCAACAAUAUUGGUUUUUAAUAAAACAAGAAAAGCUAAUUAGUUGACAGAUUUUUUUAACCGCUUGCAACACAAAACAUUUUCGUUUACAAGGAUUUAUUAAGACAAAGGGGUUAAAUAGCCAACAAAUAGCUGCACAAAGGAUCAAGUCCAAAACACAGAUCUCGCAGCGAGUACGUUAUUAUUAAACCAUUAUUUAGGAAUUUAGUAGUCCAGUCAGUUUAUGAUAUAGCGCGACAGUGAUACAUAUCUUGCUCUUGGUAUGGUUAAAUCCCAUCAGUGACAACUUUUGCGUGAAGCUGAAGUUAGUCACUUUUAAGUGCAUGAUUAUUGCUUAUUUGGUCAGUCCCUUCAUCUGAAGUUAAUCCAUCAUGAAAACUAUAACAAAAGUUAUUCGGAUCUAAAAAGUAAAAACACGAAAUUUUUAAUCUCUUUUGGUACGCACAUGUGAAUUCGUAACCUUAAUUCCAUCCAGUACGCAGAAGGAAUUUGUCCGUCUCUAAUCCUAGAGCUAAUUAUGGUGAAUGACUUAUCUGCUAUAGCUAAAGUUUCAGAUUUAUGGUGACGUCAUCUCGUUGGUAAGUUGUAGAACAAUAGGGUUUUUCUAAACUACACAACAGUUUGAUUUUCUUGAUGACAGCUCCAACUUAACUGUGUAAGGUAUCUAUUCGAUAAAUUUUGUAUUUCGAUGAACGUUAUUAGUGUCCCGUUAUCCUACAAAACUUCAUGAGCGAUCACUACAGUUAUCAUCCAUCUACUGUCUUCAACAAGUAUAUCUGAUUCUCAUCAACAUUCUCCUGUUAAUUUGAGAAAUUAUGUACUUCCUUCAUCGACUGAUUAAUGCCUUUUUUGAAAUUUAUAUCUUGGUUAUCUAUUUGACCUUUACUUCUCACAUAUAAGUGUCUUAACAAGUUAGUGUCCAUUCAGACUUUUGAAAUGCAUUGAUCUAAUAAAUGAUGUGGUUUU